CAACGACAGGUGCACCCUGGCGGCAAGGACGUCGGCGCGGAGAACGCGCGCCUCUACUUUGUCGGGACGGCCACGACCAUCCUCGAGUGGGAGGGCGUGCGCAUCAUGACCGACCCCAACUUCCUCCACGCAGGCGACCACGUCCACCUCGGCCCGGGCGUGCAGGCCACGCGCCUGACGAACCCUGCGGUAGACUUGCACGACCUCCCGCGCGUCGACCUCGUCCUGCUCUCGCACUACCACGCGGACCACUUCGACCAGGAGGUCGAAGCCUCGCUCAGCCGCGCCCUCCCGAUCCUCACCACCCCGCACGCGCACGCCGCGCUCACGUCCAAAUCCCCGCCCUCGGAGGCCUUCACCGCCGUCACCGCGCUCGACACCUGGGACUCCGCGCUCGUGCACAUCGCCCCUCCCUCCCGUCCCUCCCCCACCAAGCCCGUGCUAAAAGUCACCGCAACCCCAGGCAAGCACGUCCCCCCCGGCGGGCUCCUCGAGGCCGCGAACGCGCUCGCGGGCGCCGUGCCGCCCACGCACGGGUGGAUGGUCGAGCUCGGGCGCCUGCACGACGACGACGGGGGCGAGCUGGACGUCGGCUACAGGAUAUACAUCACCGGCGACACUUUGUUCGUCGACGAGCUGCGGGACAUACCCGCGCGGUACCCCGAGGUGGAUCUCAUGCUCGUGCACCUCGGCGGGACGACGAUCCCCUCGCGCGCGCUCCCGCUGCUCAUGGUCACGAUGGACGCGGCGCAGGGCAUCCAGCUCGUGCAUCUGAUUAACCCGGACGUCACCGUCCCGAUCCAUUUCGACGAUUAUGACGUGUUCCUCAGUCCAUUGAAGGAUUUCCAAGAGGCGAUGACUAAAGCAGGCCUCGACGAUAAGGUCGUGUACCUGAACCGCGGGGACGCCUACUCUUUCGCCGUUCGUGGAUAG